UUUAUUUUAUUAAUAUAAUUCGCAUUUAAAUCAUGUCGCAAUUGACAUUGUUGCGUUAUAUGGUGGUACAGAAACAGCAGCACCUGCUGCUGCCUGCUGUAACGCGCCUCAAAUAUAUUGCUGAAAUGCACUUGAGCUCAAAACUUGCUCAGGAAGCGGCGCCUCGAGGAAGUGGCAGUGCCUUGCAGGAAUCACGGGGAGGCGGUGGCGAUGUUUCCACCGAUGUGCGCCCCAUUGGCGAGAAGAUUAAGGAAAAUACAAAGACCGCAAGUUACGGAGCUUUAAUUGCAGCCGGAUUAGGCGUGACGGGAUUUAUGUUGUUUGCAAUUUUUCGCGAGCUCUUCUCCAGCACAAGUCCAAAUAAUAUCUAUGCGGACGCACUGGAGCGCGUAGUGGAAGAUCCACGUGUGCAGGAUGCCAUAGGAUCGCCUAUUAAGGGUUUUGGAGAGACUUCGCGCCGGGGACGUAGGCAGCAUGUGGCCCAUAUCAGUUUUGAGCGCAAUGGUGUGCCACACAUGCGUAUGCAGUUCUAUGUGCAGGGAUUACGCAACAAGGCUACUGUGCACCUGGAAUCACGAAACACCCCUUCGGGCAAGCUGGAAUAUCGCUAUUUGCUCGUGCAAUUGGAUCACUAUCCGCGCACCACCAUCGUCCUAGAGGAUAAUCGUGCAAACGAUAUUGUGCCGCCAUCGUCAGGGUCGCCAGACGCUACAUCUCCAUUUGGAAACUUGGAACUCAUGUCAAAUAAUCGCGAUAAAUAAGCGGUUAAGGCCCACACACACAUGAACUCAAAUUAUUUGUAUAGUUGAUUAUUUAGUUUAUUCUUUGACUGAACACGACGCCUUGUUGGAAUUUGUUGUAUCUUGA